UUAACACGCAGUGUAGCCCGAUCAGUGGACGAAUAAAAAGCAGUAGCCUACCCGCCAACGAAAAAUGUUGCCCGGGAGCGUAAAUGUAUGUGUGACCCUGUGUCUAUGGAUUACAGUGUUGUCGACCCAUGGAACUUUCGCUUCGAGGACCAGGCAGGAUGACUCUUUCUUCACUGGCAGCAUUUACCGAGCGAGAUGUGCCUCGAGAUGUCUCAGCCUGCACAUCACUCGCAUCUCCGCUUUUUUCAAGCACUCCCAGAAUAAUGGAUCCUUGGUGUGGUGUCAGAAUCACAAACAGUGCUCAAAGUGCCUACAGCCCUGCAAGGAAUCCUGGGACCUGAAGGAAAACCAGUGCCAGGACUUAUGCGAGACUCUCUUUCCCAAGAAGCACUAUGAGUGUCUGACUAGCUGUGAGUUCCUGAAGUCUGUGGAGGGGGUGAAGCAGGGGGACUGCCCGGCUCCUGAUAAGGCCAGUGGCUUCGCUGCAGCCUGUGUGGAGAGCUGCGAGGAGGAUGGAGAGUGCUCCGCUGUCAAGAAGUGCUGCUCCAAUGGCUGCGGGCACACCUGUCAGAACCCCAAGAACCUCUACAAAGGAGCUCCUCUGAAGCCCAGGAAGGAGCUAGUGUUUGUGGAACAGCUGUCAGGAUGCCUGGAGAUCCGCUGGUCCUCUAAGUUCAACAUCUCUGUGGAGCCUGUCCUGUACGUGGUGCAGCGCUGCUGGAACUAUGGCAUCCACCCCAGUGAGGACGACGCCACAGAGUGGGAGACCGUGGCACAGACUACAGAGGAGCGCGUCCAACUGGCCGACAUCAGAGCCAGCAGAUGGUACCAGUUCAGAGUGGCGGCCGUCAACGUGCACGGGACCCGCGGGUUUACUGCCCCCAGCAAGCACUUCCGCUCCUCCAGAGAUCCUGCUGCCCCUCCCAGCCCAGCCAGCCUGCGUGUCACCAACCUGACGCUGGGUCCUGAGGGGACGGUGACAGCCCGUCUCAACUGGACCCUGCCCGAGGAGCCUGACAUCCCCGUCCAUCACUACAAAGUCUUCUGGAGUUGGACCGUCCCUGGCAAGUCCCUGGUGCCAUCCAAGAAGAAGAGAAGGAAGAGCACCAAUGAGGCCCAGAGCUGGGUGGAUCUGGAGGGGCUGCUGACCAACAGUAGCUACACAGUGGAGCUGCAGGCCGUCACCUACUGGGGUCAGAAGCGUCUGAAGAGCUCCAAGGCAUCACUCCACUUCAGCACUGCCUCCCAGAACAAUGGCUCAGUGAAACCAGUGUCCAAGAAAGAGAAGGAGGAGGUGAUGAUGCCCGUUGGCUCCACCCUGGGCAAGCGCCUGGCAGGCCCUCUGGAGGUCGGCACACCCUUCUACCAGGACGACCAGCUGCAGGUCCGCGUUUACUGGAAGGACCGGGGAGACCCUCUGGUGAGUCGUUACCAUGUCCAGUGGAUGCCUGAGUACUGCAGCCAUAACGAGACCAGAGGAGCAGAGAAAUCAGUCACGCAGGAGAACUACAUCAACCUCCCGGGCCUGCUCUUCUCCUGCAAGUACAAAGUCACCGUUCAUAUGCUCAAGUCCAAGAGGCGCGCCAAGGACGAGAGCACCACCUUUCUCACCCCGUCCUGCUCCACCAUCAGGAACAAGAGCCACAAACACAUCCCCUGUCCUGGGGAGGGAGCCCCAGUUCUCAAAGUGUUGGCUAAGCCGGAGAAUCUGACGGCAUCCUUCUCCAUCCACGAGGGAAACAUCACGGGCAACUUCCUGUGGCGGGUGUCACGGUUCCUGGCCCAUCAACGAAUCACAGGCUUUCAGGUCACCUGGGCAGAGGUCACCACAGAGAGCCGACAAAACAGCCUGCCCAACAGCAUCAUCUCCCAGUCGCAGAUCCUGCCUCCAGACCAUAAUCUGCUGGUGGUGUCCAACCUGCGAUCAGCCACGUACUACAGACUGGAGGUCCAGGUGAUAACGUCAGGAGGGGAGGGUCCUGCCACCGUCAAGACCUUCCAGACCCCCAGUGUGUUACCAGUCCUGCAACACCGACCCAGACUCAGGCAGCACCAUCCACACCAGAAGCCCUCAGCAGAGAGACAUUGAGACCCCUUGGCCCAUCAGACCCAGUGUGGCCAGAAUCAAUGUCUCACAGCACCUUCACCCAGGGAGGGAAUUCGGUGUGGAACCAAACAGCAACACAGCAAACACAGCAGACCAUGAACUUUGACCCCAACCCAUGUGGUAUGGGUUCACCUUCAGGCUGCACAGAAUAUGCUUUCCCCUCACAGUCCUUUCAGAUUCAAUCCACUGACUGGGCUCUCUGCACCAUACAGUCAGAUACAUACUCUUACGUAGGACUUUUCAUUAGGACAGGUUGGUUCAUUCUCCCGUUAUUUCACUGAAAGUUUUGUGGGACUAAGAUGGUUAAGGAGUUCCCAAACUGUUUUCAUCCAAUAUAACCAAUUACAAAGCAACAGUAUAUUACCAAUUCCAAUUGUAUUUCAUUAGAUAAAAUAGGACACACAAUCAUUUUUUUACCAUGAUAUUCAAGCAUUUCGUUUGAAUAUCAUGGUAAUUAAUAGAGUUGGGAUGUAUACCGUAUAUACCACAUCCCAGCUUAUUUCAAAAUAUUAUCAGUAUGGCUUUCCAGUACCGUCAAUACCGUUUAUUUUUUAUUUUUUUAAAUGCAUUUGAAUAUUGAUACUUUUUAAAUACCUGCAGUCAACUUGUGCACUAGGUAAUAGAUAAAGCAGAUCGUGUUCAUCAUUUCACCUGUUAUAUGAUUUUCCAUUAUGAAGCUUAAGGUACUAGUUUCCCAAAACAGCUGUUUGAGCCAGCCAUGUGUGUCUGUUUACAAAGAAGCACAAUGAGCAAAAUGGGAGCUUCUUGAGGUGAGUCACUCCUGCAGCACAACUUAAGUGAGGUAAUGAAGUUAUUUUUUAAAACAUUUUAGUCAUUUAGCAGACGCUCUUAUCCAGAGCGACUUACAGUUAAUGAGUGCAUACAU